AUGGCGCUUGGCAUUCCGGCCAAAGACUUCAUCUUGGAUGCACCCGAGCUAAAUUUACAGUCUCAUAGAAAAAGGGACUUGAUAGAGCUCCACCUCACCUACUGCAACAACCUAUCAGCUCACAGUCUCAGGACUUUAACCAGAUUCCGCCAGACCCUGGUCUCCCUCAGCCUGUUCGGCUGCAGCCGCAUCUUCUAUCGCAAGGGUGGUGCCCCACUGGUAGGCGAUGAAGAAGAGGAGGAAGAGAGGCCGGCCUCCAGACAGGCACCGGACACAGACUUCAGCUUCCAGGGCUUCAACCGGCUGCGGCUGCUCAACCUCGGAGGUCUGCCUGAGGAGGUGGACGCUGAGGCUUUGCUCAAGCCCCUGCCGGCCCUCACCUCCCUAGACCUGUCCGGGGUGCCGCUGCCCAAGGCUGCCUUCCUGGCCCACUGGAAGGAGAGGCUGGCCUCGCUAGUGCUCUACAAUGUGGACCUUUCCGAGGAGCUAAUCAACACGGUAGUGGAGCUGGGACACCUGAGUAUCGAGCCCUGCAAGAGCAGCAUCUACCCUUUCCAGGAGCUAAAGAGGCCUUUGCAGUUUCUGGGGCUCUACAACACCACCCUUUGUAAUGUGACACACAUCCCUGCUUACAAGGCUGAAGGAGUUUCCACCAUAUCCCUCAACUCAGCUCCCCCUUUCCCCCCUCCUCACCAAUCCCAGGUCCAGAGGAACUGCUGCCUGACGUUGUGUAACUUCAGCAUCCCCGAGGAGCUGGAGUUCCAGUACGGCCGGGUCAACCUGCUGCUGCUGAAGAUCCUGGAGCCGGUCCGGCAGGACGAGUCCAUCCAGCGCAUCGCCGUGCACCUCUGCAACGCCCUGGUCUGCCAGGUGGACAACCACCACAAGGAGGCUGUGGGCAAGAUGGGCUUCGUCAAGGUAGGGAAGACUGAUGUAUCCAAAAAGCCACAGGACAGGAUGUGUGACCAGGUAAUGGAGUUCUCCUGGAGUGCCCUGUGGAACAUCACUGACGAGACGCCAGACAACUGUCAGAUGUUCCUUAACUGCAAGGGCAUGAGCCUCUUCCUGGACUGCCUGAAGGAGUUUCCAGACAAGCAGGAGCUCCACCGUAACAUGCUGGGGCUGCUGGGUAAUGUGGCAGAAGUGAGGGCUCUGCGACCACAACUCCUCACACCACAGUUCAUCUCUGACUUCAGGUAAGAGAAGGUCCUUUGUCUAUAUUAAAUGGUUAAAUGCAGUCUUGUCUGAUUCUGCUGCUAUCUUGGACCAGGGGCUCUAUGUAUCAAGCAUCUCAGAGUAGGGGUGCUGAUUUAGGAUCAGUUUUGCCUUUUGGAUCUGUCAUGUUUUGUCUUAGAUUGUCUUGUCAUUUUGCU